GAACCGAACCGUGUCAUCUGUCGCUGUGGAGUGUCGGCACGACGAGCAACGGCAUUGCAGUACACAUAGAGUCACGAAGUCGCAAAAAUGGGACUGUUGGACUUCUGCAUCGUCGACCCCAGCAAAACGUUUUGGGACGACCCGAAGAUGUACUUGGACGAUCCCGGUUUGGACACUUUACUGUCGCUGACCGCCGACGAGCUGUUACCGUGCAACGACCAAGACGACGAGACCUCAUACGAUGACGAGGACAGCAAAGGGAAUUUGCCGGACACGCAAAGGCCGCGGCAGCCGGACAGACCGAGUGACGUUAAACAGGUGUUGGAGUGCACUUAUCCGAAUUGUGACAAGACCUACUUGAAACCGUCCCACCUCAAGGUGCACAUGAGGAGACAUUCGGGCGAGAAGCCGUACGGGUGCAUGUGGCCGGGCUGCACUUGGCGUUUCUCCCGAUCCGACGAGCUGUCCCGGCACUGUCGGUCGCAUUCGGGCGUCAAGCCGUACGGGUGUGACGUGUGCGACAAGCGGUUUUCGCGGUCCGACCACUUGGCCAAGCACGCGCGCGUCCACCACAAGCGGAUGGCCGCCGCGGCCGCCCGGCUGCAGUGGCCGCCUCAACAGUGCCAGAAGCGCGCCGCCGUACAACCGACCGCGGCCACCACGGUUAAGACCUCCGUAACCACCUCACCGGUCACCAGACGUCAGUGAUGACGCGACGGCCGUCCGAUGUGGUUGUGCCUACGACGUGCCUGUGAAUUAAACACUGCAGCAAUCCACCCAACACCACUGAUGCAGAUUCUAAUAUUAUACACAGGCUGAUUUACCAGGCGUCUUCAUCUCUAUUUUCACAAUUUUUCACUAUUAAUAACGAAUUUAUUAAAAUUAAGGUUUUUGGAAUUUUUACCUAUAAAUAGGUACAAUUUUAUGACAUAUUGUAAGCGACUUGUGGCGAUUCCAAUUUCUUGAAUCAGAACUUUUAUUAUUGUACAUUUUUAGCAUAUACCUAUAGUAGGUUUACGAUUUUGUAAAAAAUAGGACCACGUUUGAAUCGCCACAAGACACUUCUUAGACGGUAUAUAAAUGCUUGUGAAUCACUCUGUGUACAUCCUUUUUCUGCAUCGCAACACUACCACAAAAGCAAUGGCAUAAUAAAUUAUUGCAAUGUAUAUAUUAUAUAUUAAUCAUCAUGAUCUGUGCAAACGCGAAUUAUACAAAAAAUACACAAUAUAACUCACUGAUACCUACGUGUGUAUUACAUUAUUAAGUGGCAAGUAUGCACUUACAGUUGUCUUGUUUUAGAAUAAGUUUGUUCAUCUCGAUAUUCGCGUGAUUCUGAUCUUUCAGGGCUGUGGAUAGACCGGGACGUACUUUUUUUAAAACUCCAUCCGCAGAAAUUUCUUUGAACUGUUUCAAAUGCUCCACACGUUUGUAUCUUAUAUUAGUGCCCAAUGGUACAAAGAAUAUUUAAUAAUUUAUAAUACAAAUAAAAAUUUAUGUAAGUACAUAUAAUAAGUAACAUUGUAUUAAGUAAAUUUUUCCUUUUUUUGUGUGAAGUUAUGGUAGUAUGUAAUUUAAUGAACUGACCUUAGUAAACUUAACUAAUCUUGUUUCAGAGAUAGGUAUAUACUCUAUGGGUUUUAUACUUUUUCGUUGAGAAUAUAAUCACAACAUUUAUUGAUAUUUAAUACAAAUCAUAUUAUACAUUUUGAGGUUCACAAGGGAGGACGGAAAUGUCGUUUGAAAUCUCGUCCCUCCCACCAAUGGCACGUUUCUGUUAAGAAACAUAUCGGAGAUUCAAAUAUGUCCAUUAUGUCAUUAUUAUUAAUG